AUGGCCUCCAAAGUAAUCAUCGUGACCGGCGCCAGCCGAGGCAUCGGCCUGGCCAUCGCCCAGCACCUGCUCAAGGAUUCCCACAAGGUCGUCCUGGCGGCGCGGUCAAAGGACCAGCUGGAGGCUUUGAAGACGGCCCACCCCGGGCAGGUUGAGUAUGUUGCUGGUGACUUGGGUGAUCUCAAGACCAUCCCAAAGAUUGCCGAGGCGGCAGUCCAGACCUUUGGCAAGAUUGAUGGCAUCGUCAUCAACCACGGCGUGCUCGAGCCCGUCACCCGUCUGGCGGACUCGUCCAUUGAGGAAUGGAAAAAGGCAUACGACAUCAACGUGUUUAGUGGGCUCGCAUUGGUGCAAGCAUCUCUGCCCGAGCUGCGCAAGUCCAAGGGCUGCGUUCUCUGGGUUUCAUCAGGCGCGGCUACGGGCGCGUACGCCGCAUGGGGGGCUUACGGCACUUCCAAAGCCGCCAUGAACCACCUCUCUGCGCACUUGGCAGUCGAGGAGCCCGAUAUCACGAGCAUCGCCAUCAGCCCCGGCCGCGUCGACACUGCCAUGCAGAAGGUCAUCCGCGACACGGGCAGCGGUCACAUGGCCGAGAAGGACCACUCUUCCUUUGUGUCUGCUUUCGACAAGGGAGAGCUGUUCAAGCCUGAACAGCCUGGCAACGUCAUGGCGCGGUUUGUGGUCAACCCUCAGCACGACCUGUCUGGCAAGUUCAUCAAGUGGCAAGCCGGCGAGCUCUCGGCGUACCAAGACGCGUGA